AUGCAAGAAACGGACCUCCACUACCCACCCCAAACCUGCCCCUUCUGCACCAUCGCCGCCGCCUUCCCCUUCCCCUCAUCAUCACCCUCGUCUAUUUCCCCGAGCAGUCCACCGCCCACUCCCUCUCUAUGGAAGAGCAGCAGUACCCUAGAACAAGACUUGUUGAAAGAGAGCAUACCGAAAGAAGAGGAGAGCGAUCCCGAGAAAACCAAUCCGAGUAGUUUUGUCGUGUUGCGGAGUAGGGAUGUCGUUGCUUUUCUGGAUAUCUUGCCGAUGACGGGAGGCCAUUUGCUUGUUACUACGCGUCAGCAUAAGGUCAAGGUUGCGGAUAUGGAGGCUGUGGAGAGUAGGGAGAUUGGUUUCUGGUUACCGAUACUAGCACGGACGGAGCACGUGCAGCACAAGUAG